ACCGACACACGCGCUCGACGCGCAGCGCAGAUUUUUCCGUUACAAUCUCGACGCGUCCCAUUGAAUGUAAUGGAAACGAACGGGAUUGAUUCGGGAUGAAUGGAUUUAUCACUGCUGGAGAUUAAACGAGUGGAUUUAUUGGGUGUGGAUUCGUCUUCGAUGGAUUGAUCCCGCCCGCCUCUGCCGCAUUCCUGAUGAGUAUAAGCGCUUCAGUAUUCCUGUCAGGAUGAGUUUUUAAUGUCGUUUUCCACACGAGUGCUUCAUAAACUGACUCGUGUCCUGCACAAAGACCUUCACAACAGCCGUUUCAUUUCCACAAGAUGGAGAAGAUGGAAAAUGAAGUUUUUACGCCUUUGUUGGAGGAAUUUCUGCUCUCUCCUCUAGUGUGCUGGGUGAAGACUGUGUCUCAUCUGCGAAGUGACGGAUCUCAUCUGUCGGAGUUUAUGACAUUAGUGGACGGAGCUUAUUUGAACGACAUCAUGAUUCAGAUAAAUCCAAAGUCAAGUGUUCAGAGAACUCAUAAGAAAGUGAAUAAUGAACCAACACUGCGGAUUCAGAAUCUCUCCAUUCUCAUCCAACAGAUCAAAUCAUAUUAUCAGGAGACGUUACAGCAGCUGGUGAUGAUGUCACUUCCUGAUGUCCUGGUGUUGGGCAGAACUCCUCUGAGCGAACAAGCUCUUGAAGAGAUGAGGAAGUUAUUACUGCUGUUAUUGGGCUGUGCUGUACAGUGUGACAGGAAGGAGGAAUACAUCGAUGGGAUACAGACGCUGCUGGACUUUGACACAAAGGCUGCCAUCGCCGCUCACAUUCAAGAGGUGACUCAUAACCAGGAGAAUGUGUUGGAUCUUCAGUGUCUGGAUGAGGGUGAGUGUGUGUCUCAGGAUAAAGACACACUCCUGAAACACGUGAGCUUUCACCUCAAACGACUUGUAGACGAGAGAGACCAACACGCUGAGACGAUAGUGUCUUUGACUCUGGAGCGAGACUGUGGACACAUCUCUCCAGCACUUCAUGUCGCUCCGUCACCCGGCGAGUCGCCCAGCAUAAGACGCACAGAGAGCGUCCAACAUCUGUCUGUAGAGCUCGCCGACGCCAAAGCUAAAAUCAGACGCCUGCGACAGGAGCUAGAGGAGAAAACUGAGCAGCUACAGGACUGCAGACAAGAGCUGGACAACAUGCAGACAGAAGUCAAGAGACUGCAGCAAGAAAACUUACAGUUGAUGACUGAUGCCCGUUCCUUGCGGGCAUAUCGUGACGAGCUGGAUGCACUGAGAGAGAAGGCUGUCAGAGUGGACAAACUGGAAAGUGAAGUGAUGCGCUACAAAGAGAAACUGCACGACAUCGAGUUCUACAGGACCAGAGUCGAGGAGUUGAAAGAAGACAAUCAUGUUCUACUAGAGACCAAGAUCAUGCUGGAAGAUCAGUUAGAGUCAUUCAGAGCUCGAUCUGAUAAACUUCAUGAGUUGGAGAAAGAAAACCUGCAGCUAAAGAACAAAAUCCACGACAUGGAGAUGGAGCGAGACAUAGACAGAAAGCGUAUGGAGGAGCUGCUGGAGGAGAACCUGAUGCUAGAGAUGGCCCAGAAACAGAGUAUGGACGAGUCUCUGCAUCUGGGCUGGGAAUUAGAGCAACUAUCCAAAACCACACCUGAACUCACUGAAGUGCCUCAGAAGUCUCUGGGUCAUGAAGUGAAUGAACUGACAUCCAGUCAGCUGCUCAAACUGGAGAAAGAGAAUCAGAUGCUGAUGAGGAUGCUGGAGGAGAUGAGGACGUGCAAUGAGAGCAAAAGUCUGGAGAAAGACAAUCAUAAACUCAGACAGAAGCUGCAGCAGCUGCAGACGGAGCUGACUUCAGACAGAGAGAGUCUGCACAGUGCUGAGAGUUUGAGUGCAGACCUGCUGAAAGAGAAGGCGCAGCUGGAGAAAACACUAGAAACUCUUAGAGAAAACGCAGACAGACAGGUGAAGGGUCUAGAACAGGAGAAUGAACAUCUCAACCAGACUAUCACCUCUCUUAGACAGCGCUCUCAGGUCAGCUCUGAAGCCCGCGUGAAAGACAUUGAGAAAGAAAACCGUGUGCUGCAUGAGUCCAUUAAAGAAACAAGCAGCAAGCUCAAUAAGAUGGAGUUUGAGCGGAAACAACUGCGCCAAGACCUUGAGACCUACAAGGAGAAAGGAGAAAGAUCUGAGGAGUUGGAGAUGGAGGUGCAUCGACUGGAGCGAGAGAAGGAGAGUCUGCAGAAGCGACUUGCUACACUUGCCAUUACCUGUGAGAAGGUAGAGGUUCUAGAGAAGGAAAACGCUGACCUAGAAGCAGAGAGCCGGAAACUGAAGAAAGCAGCAGAUGGUCUGAGGAACGUAUCUUUCCAAUUGGAGGUCCUGGAGAAAGAGAAUGCUCAGCUGGAUGAGGAAAACCUGGGGCUCAGGCGAUUCACUGAGUCCUUGCGGUCAACGGGAGCCAAAGCCGCUCAACUGGAGCUAGAGAAUAGAGAGCUUGAGAAUGAGAGAACUCAACUCAGAAAGAGUUUUGAGCUGCUGAAGGCUUCUGCCAAAAAAACGGAACGCCUAGAAGUAAGUUACCAAGGUCUAGAUACAGAAAACCAAAGGCUCCAGAAGGUCUUGGAGAACAGCAGCCGCAAGAUUCAGCAGCUGGAGGGAGAAAUGCAGGAAAUGGAGACGGAGAACCAGAACCUGCAACAGAGCCUUGAAGAGCUGAAGAUCUCUAGCAAAGGUCUUGAGCAGCUGGUGCAGGAGAACAAUGUUCUAGAGCAAGAGAACACUCAGUUGGAGAAAGACAAGAAACAGCUUGAGAAAGAGAACAAACGCCUUAGACAUCAGGCUGAAAUUAAAGAUUCUAAAUUAGAUGAAGACAACCUGCGUAUCUCUCAUCUGGAGAAGGAGAACCGCGCUCUCAGCAAGGAAGUCACCACACUCAAAGAGACUUGUGGUCGGAUUAAAGACUUGGAAAAGGACAACAAGGAAUGGGUCAAACAAGCUUCCAUUGAUAAAAAGACACUGGUCACUCUGAGAGAGGAGCUGGUUGAUGAGAAAUUAAAGACUCAGCAGAUUAACAAUGACCUGGAGAAAUUGACCCAUGAGCUUGAAAAGAUAGGUCUCAACAAAGAAGGUCUUCUGGGUGAUGAGGAGAGCUCUGAAGAUAGGUUUAAGCUUUUAGAGUCUAAACUGGAGUCCACUCUGAAAUCUUCUUUGGAAAUCAAAGCGGAGAAGAUCGCUGCUCUAGAAGCGCGACUACAGGAGUCUUUCAACCUCAACCAGCAGCUACGGCAGGAACUCAAAACGGUGAAGAAGAAUUACGAGGCGUUGCGUCAACGUCAAGAGGAGGAGUGUAUGGUUCAGAGCUCACCCUGUAGAGGACGGGAGGAUGCACAGAGCAUCAGUAAAUGGGCGAAGGAGAGUCAGGAUGCCACUCGAGAGCUGCUUAAGGUUAAAGAUCGACUCAUUGAGGUUGAGAGAAAUAAUGCCACUCUUCAGGCGGAGAAACAGGCUCUGCGGACACAGUUAAAGCAGCUGGAGACUCAGAGCAGUAAUUUACAGGCGCAGAUCUUAGCUCUUCAGAGACAGACUGCAUCCAUACAGGAGAACAACACCACACUGCAAACACAAAAUGCCAAACUACAGGUUGAGAACUCCACGCUGAACUCUCAGAGUGCCGCGCUCAUGACCCAGAAUACACAGCUGCAGACUCAUCAGUCUAGCACAGAGAGCGAGAGAGACGCAGCACUGCGAGAGAAAGAAGAACUGCGCACAGUCUAUGAUCUGCUGCUGCAUGACCACGAGAAACUGUCCAACCUCCAUGACAUACAGGCGUCAGAGUACGAGGAUCUGAUCUGCAAACAUGGAGAGCUGAAGAGUGCUCAUAAGAACCUUGAUGUACAGCACCGCAGCCUGGACAACAGGUACAAUCAGCUGUUAAAGCAGAAGACUGAGCUUGAGCAGCUGGAGAAGGAACUCAAAUCAGAGCAAGAGAAGAUGAUCUCAGAGAACAAGAGUCAUCAGGAAACAGCUGCAGAAUACCACAAACUUAAAGAGGAACACCAGACGCUGAACUCUACAUACCAUCAGCUGCUGAAGGACAAUGAGCUUCUUCAGACGGAUCAUAAGGCACUCAAGAGUCAGUUGAACACAGCCCGACUGGAGCAGACCCGUCUGGAGGCAGAGUUCUCCAAAGUCAAAGAACAGUACCAGCAACUGGACAUCACCUCCACCAAACUCACCAACCAAUGCGAGUUGUUAAGUCAGUUGAAGGGGAACCUAGAGGAGGAGAACCGCCAUCUGCUGGAUCAGAUCCAAACCCUGAUGCUGCAGAACCGAACCCUGCUGGAGCAGACUAUGGAGAGCAAAGACCUGUUCUACGUUGAGCAGAGACAAUACAUUGAUAAACUGAAUGAACUGAGGAGACAGAAAGAGAAACUUGAGGAGAAGAUCAUGGACCAGUAUAAAUUUUAUGACCCAUCGCCUCCUCGAAGAAGGGGGAACUGGAUCACACUGAAGAUGAGGAAAUUCAUCAAGCCAAAGAGUCGCGAGCGCAUGCGCUCUCUCACACAAACACCGUCACGCUCUGAGUCCAGCGAGGGUUUCCUGACGUUGCCUCAUCCAGACAGUCAGGACAACUCAUCCGUGGGCUCUGGAUCCAACUCACUGGAGGAUACAGUCCCCCAACGCAGCGGCAGAAAGAAAGUUGAGAAAAGCCAAUCACAGGCUUCCUCUAACGCACUGAAAAAGCUUCCGUUUAUGAGGAACAGAUCCAAGGAGAAAGACCGCAUGAAGGCUAUCUACCGCCGCUCCAUGUCAAUGAACGACCUGCUGCAGACGAUGGCAUUGUCUGAGGGUCAGUGGUCCAGCAGUAUUGAUCAUCUUGAAGCUCCUGACGAGAUGACAAUCGGCGCUCAGCGUGGGAAAGAGUUUGGAUCCAUGGACUAUUCCAGCACUGCUUCUGACUACGCCACCCUAAACCUGACCCGUGGCCGCAGAGCUCAUCACAACACCAAUGAGAGAGAUAAUGCAUCAAGUGAUGGCAUCACACCUUUGUCCUCUGAGGAUUCCAGUGUACUACAAGCUCAGGGUGUGAUGAAUGGCGCUGUGAGUCGUCCUCACAGUGAGAGCAGCGGUGAUGUCAAUAUGAGUUUAGACUCUCCAGUGAGGCAGACACCAUCACAGCCAAGUGCACUGGACUACACUUCUGCCAACAAACGUAGGACUAAAUCUGCCGGCAGUGAGACAGUUUCACUGCAGCAGAUCCUGGACGAGAGCUCAAACCCUCAAGAGGAUGCUCUCACAGCAGCACAAUCACUACGUCUCUCAGGAGCCACACUACAACCAUCCAGAGAGCAUGUGAAAGGGCGGGGCAUCUUACGCUCGGCCAGCGGGAAAGCCACGACGGCAGAUUCCAGUGGCGCAAGAGCCAGCCAAAAGGGACGUCUGAGUCUGCGCAAGGCAGAGAGUACACGGGUCAAGGGUUCGGCCCCGCCCCGAUCCAGUCUGUCAUCCCAGGCUAAAGCCACAUCUGUAUCUGAACGGCUGGACGCGUCUUCAUCCUCUGGUCUGCCUCGCGCCAGCAGCGUCAUCUCCACCGCCGAGGGCUCCGUCCGCCGGACCAGCAUCCACGACCUGCUGUCCAAAGACAGCCGUCAGCCCGUGCUGGUGGACCCCGUGCCCUCAUCCCAUGUGGGACUGUUACAGGAAAACAGGAAAUCUAAAAGCAGAGCUUCCGCUCAGAGCUCAUAAUGAACAUAGAGAAACAUCAACUUCUACAGAUUCCUGACGUGAGAAAGACUGAAUGUUUUUAAUCGUGGACCCUCAAUGACAAUGGAGAAGAAAUGUUCUUUAUUUUCCUUGAAUCAAGGAACCAUUCCUCAGCUCUGUCAUUGUGAUGAAAUAAGCUUUUUGUUUUUCUUUGUCAUCAAAUCUUUAUUUGACCGGCAUGAAACAUACUGUAUGUGUGCUGUAUAACAACUCUUUCGUACACGUUUUUAAUGCAUGACGAGCUGCAGAAGAAACAAACACUUUCAGUCAAAACCAGAGAAGAACCGUUUUUAAUAUACCAAAAAAAAAAAAGACAGAGAAGUGUGAGUCAGAGUGAGCAGGUUUAUUCCUGUAUAACAAAACUUCAACCCUCAUGUUCUUCUUUCCAUAAAUCUGAUGUGAUAAACUUCUUUUCACCGUGAUCUCAGAUCUCAUUAUUGUAAGACAGAAACAAAGUGUGUUCAUGUGUAAAAACAACAAAUGUAAACGUGAUGUAGUGCUUGUAUUGUGGACAAAAGUGUAAGGUUUAUUAUCAGGACUGUUAGUUUGAUUGACGUUUAUGAGCUGGAGGUGGUUUCUGCUCAUCUGCAGUUGUCUAGAAGACGUUUCCUCAGAUGUCAAAAGGACAUUCAGCGGAUCUUAUUUUAUUAGAUUCUUUCCAGAUGAAACACAGACAUAAACUUAAAGAGAUAUCUGGGAGAUAUAUGUGUGCUAUCUGGGG